AUGGUCAAGAUUGUAGUGGCCGGGGGUUCGGGAGGUGGAGUUCCCUGCCAACUUGCCCGGGAAGUCGUCGACGCUUUGGUAGCUACGAGGAAGCAUGAGAUAACCAUCCUGACUAGAAACAAGGCUUCCGCGGGAUACAUCACACCUGGAGUCACUUGGCGUACUGUAAAUUAUGACGACAAAAUCGACCUCAUCGGAGCCUUACAGGGAGUCCACACAGUCUUGUCUUUCGUAAAUCUGCUUAUGGCAGACCCGGAGAACAAUCCUCAGAAGAACCUCAUUGAUUCUUGCAUCGCCACUGGUGUAAAACGCUUUGCACCAAGUGAAUAUGGAAGUUGUGGGAAAGACGACUUGCCCUUCUGGGCAGGGAAGAAUGAAAUCAAAGAGUAUCUAGAAAAAGUGAACGAGAAUGGAAAAGUUCUCGAAUACACCUUGUUCCAGCCAGGACUAUUCUUAGAUUAUCUGGCAACUCCUUGCAGGACGGCCAAAUACGUGACUCCUUUGGACACUUUCAUUAACUUCCAGAACCGGCACGCCAUUGUCGUCGAUGGCCACGAAGAUGCCAUCAUGACUCUGACCACAGUUCAAGAUAUUGCUAUGGUUGUCACACGAGCGGUCGAGUGCGAUAGCGAGUGGCCUAAAAUUGGGGGCAUUAGAGGCAACAGAGUCACAGUCUCGCAGAUCCUCGAGAUCGGGGCGAAAGUCCGAGGUCGUCCUUUUACCAUCGACAAGGUCAAACUCGAAGACCUUCAAGCCGGAAAUCUCAAGACAUCAUGGUCAUUGGGACAACGUCACCCGAGUUUCACGGUGGACAAGGCGGACCAACUCCCGGCUAUGUUGAAGACUGUUCUCAUCGGCAUUCUCCUGAGCAGUGUAAAGGGUGCAUGGGAUGUGUCUGAUGCGUUUAACCAACUUCUUCCGGAUUACGAGUUCACGAAAAUAGAGGAUUUCCUCGCUAAUGUGUGGGAAGGAAAGCCAUAGUAGUAGAUACUCGGAUGGGGUGUCAAACUUGCUCCUCGAGGUACGGGAAUGUUUUUAGAAUUCUA